AUGAUCGCAAGAAGACUGCUUUCUCUCCUGAGCCUCACGGCUCUGGCGAUGGCAGCCCCGGCCGCCGAGGCCAUCAACCAAGGCGAUGAGAAGCCCUUCUUUUACAAGGGCCACGACCUCAGCUCGCUGAAGAUGCUUGAGGAGUCGCAAAACGUCUUCGUCGACACUGCGCGCGGCAACCAGGAGCGGCCGGCCGACGACAUCCUCGCCGACGGCGGCAUGAACGGCGUGCGGCUCCGGCUGUGGGUGGACCCGCCCGAUGGCACGUACGGGCUCAACUACACCAUCGACCUCGCAAAGCGGUUCCAGGCCAAGGGCCAGCGCAUCUUCCUCGACUUCCACUUCUCCGACAGCUGGGCCGACCCGCAGAAGCAGCCGGCGCCGGCGGCGUGGCCGACGGAGCUGGAGCCGCUGGCGGGUCGACUUCGCGAGUAUGUCCGCGAGACGCUCGUGGCGUUCCGGGACGCCGGCGUAACCCUCGACAUCGUCUCGCUCGGCAACGAGAUCCGCCACGGCAUGAUCUGGCCGCUGGGCCGCGUCUCGGUCGAUGUGCAGCCGUGGUCGGCGACGGUGGCCAACUUCUCCAACAUCGCGACGCUCUACAAGGCGGCCCGCGCCGGUGUUAAGGACGCCACCUGCGCUGGCGUGCCCAAGCCCGAGGUCAUGCUCCACCUCGACAACGGCUGGAACCUGACGCUGCAGGAGCGCUGGUACGGCGCCCUCGUCGACAACGGCGUGCCCCUGUCGGCCUGGGACAGCUUCGGCUUCAGCUUCUACCCCUUCUACGGCACCUCGGCCACAUUCGCCAACCUGCGCGAGGUCCUGCGCGUCAUGGCCGACAAGUACAACAAGCCCAUGCAGGUUGUCGAGACGGACUACCCGGCUGUGUGCGACGGCCGCUGGAACCCAAUCCCGGAGUCAUCCGAGCCGAGCAUCCCCUACAGCGUCGCCGGCCAGAUUCAGUGGAUGGCCGAGGUCAUCCGCAUCGUCAGAGAGGCUCCGAGAGGUCUCGGACGCGGCGUGUGGUACUGGGAAAGUCCCUGGCUCAACAAUACAUCUCUUGGAAGCGACUGCAAUGAUGCUAUUCUGUUCGAAGCGGACUAUAGCGCGUGGCCGAGGACGGUAGGAUACUCAAGAGAGAGUGUGAAUGUUUUCCUGGAUUAG